ACUGCGUCGCGCUCGGGGGCCGCGCCGGGUAGCGUUUCUUUUCAGUGCCUGAGGCAGCUCUGGCUCGGAGAGCCUUUUGCUAGCCCCACGGGGGCCUCUGUGCACGGAUGGACCCGCCUGGACCUGGCGGGAAGCGGCCUGGCAGGCGGCGUCCCCGGCGGCAUCAGCAGAGACAGGACGGGGCCGACGCCGCGGGCCCCUGAGGCGUGCGUGCCCACCGGGCCCGGCGGCGGCACCAUGAUGCCGGGCGAGACCCAUUCGGCGGCGCCCGGGACGGCGGCGGACCUGUCGCGAUGUCAGGGCUGCGCCUCUCUGCAGCAGAAUUUGAAUGAAUAUGUUGAAGCAUUAAUUACCUUGAAACAAAAAAUUAUCAAUACAGAUAAUUUGUUAACAGAAUAUCAGAAGAAAUGUGAUGAGCUGCAGUUUGCCAGAAGAGAGAAUAGUAAUCUGCAUCACCAAGUGGAAGAGAUGCUUCAAAAAAUUUCUCCUCUACAGAAAUGUCAGGAAGAACUGGGAUCUUUAAAAGCAGAGCUAGAAGAGAAAAAGAGUUCUUUGAAGUUGUAUCAGGAUACUCAUCAGGAAUAUGCUCGUGUAAAGGAAGAAUGCUUGAAGAGUGAUGCUCAGAAGAAGAAACUAGAAGCUAAGGUGAAGAAGCUGCAAGAGGCUGCUGUCAAGCAAACUCAGGACUUCAAGCAACUGAGAAAUGAAAAGAAAAUACUUGAAAAGGAAUUUAAGAAGACACAGGAAAGGCUUGACGAAUUUUCUAAACAGAAAAAUGAAAAGGAGUUGAGACAUAUUGGAACACAAAUUUCAAGUGAUUCAUAUGGAAGCAUAGAUAAAAGAAAGGUAAAACUGCUUCUGAAGGAACUCUGGCUCUGUGUAAACACAACACACAGACUACCUGGUGAAGGCAGCAGAUGUGUCCCAGAAAAACCUGCCAAAGCAAUCACCAGCUCCAGAGUGCCUGGGGAAGAUGGUAUGCUACCUCCAACACAAGGCAGCCCUCUCAGGACCUCAAAUGUGCAGACAUGCCUCACAAAACUGUCCAUGGAGAUAAAGGAGGACUUUUUAUGUCAAAAUGUGGAAAAACAGAGCUCCAGUGGAACAAAUUGUAGUUCUGACCAUGUUUUUAAUGAGAAUGGAAAUCUUGAGGUUUUAGUACAAAGUCAUCAUGAUGGUGGCAGCACUGAAUUUGUUGAUCAUGAUCAUUUUUUUGAUGAAGAUCUUCAAGCUGCAAUUGACUUCUUCAAACUUCCCCCUCCUCUUCUGUCGCCAGUGCCCUCGCCCCCUCCGAUGUCUUCACCACACCCAGGUUCCUUACCUUCUUCAUUUGCACCUGAAACCUUCUUUGGAGAGUAUACAGAUUCCAGCGAUAAUGACUCAGCCCAGCUUAGAAAUUCUGCUGAGUCUGUUUCAGAAGAUGAUACAACUGAAUCACAGAAUUAUUUUGGCUCAUUGAGAAAAAGUAAAGGAAGUGGUACAUGGGAGGAAAAGCCCAAAUCACACGAAGCUAUCCAAGCCCUGAAUACCUGGGAAGUAAAUAAAGUGACAACUGCUGGACUCGAGGCUUUCACAGCAACACUGAGAGAAUCUUCUGCCACACACUCCUUAGUUGGUGAAAAACACUGGACCACAGCAUCUCGAUCCAUGAGUGAUAGAAAAAGAGACAUUUUACAUGAGACAAAAACACAAAUGGAGGUUGGGGAGAUGGAUAAGUCAGUGCAAACUGAGAAGACCAUUCAUAAACUCACUCGAGGUCUAUGCAUUGAGAGAUUUUCUGCCAGCCCUGCACAAGAGAAGGAAGCUACCCCUGGGAAGUCUGAAUUGUGUUCAUCUCCCCUUGGCAAAAGGCCAUUAAAUGAACUCAUGGAAUCUGAAGAAAAAACUCUAUUGUCUAAAAUGAUAGGAUCACCCAAAGCAGAGUUUACUAAGUGGACACGAAUUAAUGAAAUCACUUCUGAACCAGACCGUAUCACAGUUUCUGGCCAUUUUCACAGACUGUCUAGAGAAUUGGAAAAGGAAAAAGAAGAUACUCAAGGGUUCACUUUAGGAGAAUCACCUGAAUCAGAAGAUGAUGACUCAGGUGAUGGAAUGGAUGUAGCAGGACUUGACGUUGAAACCAGUUUUUCUUCCUCUUCUACCUUGGUAGCAUUGUCUGUUGGCAGUAAUCCCCAGUCUUCUUCUGGGUUAGACUGUGGUAAUGAUUCAGAUACUACUACUAAAGUAUUCUCUACUGAACCGCACCAUUCAGAACAUAAAUUGCAAACUAAAACUUUAAACACAUUACAUCUGCAGUCUGAGCCGCUGGAGUGUUCUAUAGGAGGAAACAACUUGGAGAAUAGCUUGUGUGCCUUGAGCCCUGAAUUGGGAGCAUCUAAUUUUAAUGAUCAGAAGAGCAGUGGGAUAGAAUAUACAAAAGUAGUAAAAGGCUUGACCAAAAUAGAUUCACUUCCUCGGUCAGUAUUUAUGAAAGCUACAAAAGAUGGGCAAUGUGAAAGUCAAGAUCCAAGAAUUGAGCUCACACUAAAUAAGCCAGAUUUCACAUCAUUAAUAGGUUCUCAGGCUGCCUUGAUCAAGAGUGGUUUGGGUUUUGUUAAAAGUACUUCAUGGCACCAUAGUGAUUUAUUAAGGAAAGGUGGCGAAGAAAGUCUGAGAGCCAAAUCAGAACAUGAACAGAAGACUAGCCAUCAGUUACAAAAGGCAAUGCCAUGCCUACAAAAUAGAGGACCAACACCCAAGCCUGAUCUUCUUAGAGAAAAUAACAAUCCUGUAGAAUUCAAGACCACUGCAUCAGUGUUGCCUAAUCAAGUAUCAGUUAUCACAAAACAGACAAGACCUGAAAAGGUUCCGAGUGUCAAAUUGGAACACUUGAGGCCACAUAGGGAUGAGCCUACCUUAGUAACAGAAAAUAGUAGCAACAAAACUGGUAUGUCAACUAUAGCAAAAUGUGAUGGGGAAAGAGAUGAUACAACACAAAACAUCACGGAAAUGGCUGCUGUGAAAAGCAUUUCACCAGAAGUUUCUGCCUCUAGGAGAAAAUUAGAUUUUAAUUCUCCAGGUGUUUCUUCACCAGUAGAAAAUUCUGAUUGUUCCAUAAAUAGCAGAUUAUCUUUCUCUUCUGAAAACAUCCUCGUCCAAAAUGAAGACAUUGUGAGAGAAGCAGCAGUGCAGGGAGAUGGGCAGAAGCAAAGGCAGCCUCAGGCCACAGAUCUGGACUCCAGUGGGACACAUGGCAGUAAGGUGCUUCCAGCCACAGAAGUGACCGUGUCAGGAGGUUUUUCUGUUGAAGAAACCAGCUGUGGAGACACAGGGAGAUGUGGUGGUGAGGCCCUGGCUGUUGCAAAUGAUUCUACUAGCACACCACAAAAUGCUAACGGACUUUGGAAAUUGAAAUCUGCGACUCCCGGUGGUGCUUUGCCUGAGUGUUUUGGCACCACAGACACUACUUUUUCUUCAGCAUUUUGCAGAAAAGAUGGAGAGACACAGGAUACCUCCCAAAGUAGCCUGCCUGGUACCUUACAUUGUUACACAGGCAUUCGAGAGGGGGGAGACGACACUGAGGUAGAGAGUGAGGCAUUUAGCUGCAGUGAGGGGAGCGAACAGCAAGAUGCUCCUGAUGACUCACAGAAAAAUUUAGGAGAUACAGAUGCUGGUGUAGUCGAGAUGAGACCUUCCUUGGAGGUAGGUUAUUUGACGUCAGCUCUGCAAGAUUUUAACAUAAGUACUUUUUCUGAGCUGGAUAGACUUUCCACAUCAGAGGUUGUGAUGUUUCUUGAGAGCUGUCAAUUAGGGGAUUAUAGUUCAGGGGACUCUGUUUCUGAAUGUUCUAGUAAAGGAACCCUAAAUAAAGAAAUGAACAAAGAAUUAAAGGCAAGUGAAAUAGCAGGAGAAAAAUACAGAAAGCAACCCUGUGAGGAAGAAACACUUGGAACCUGUGAAGAGUGGAUUGAAUCAGAGGAAGAUGAUUAUUCAUUAAAAAAUACAAGUCAGCUCACUCAGUGUUCUUUGGAAACUCUGUCUGAGGUUCUGACCAAGAUUAGGCAAGAACUUCAUACAAAUGCGGAAGAUUGCGAUGGUAAAGAUACUGGCAGUUUAUUGCUCUUAAAUAUAAAUAACAACAUGACCACUGAGAAUGUAAAAGAGAAAAGUCCAUUUUGGGAAACGACUGGCUCCUCAUCACAUGCUUCAGAACCAACCCCACAAGCAGCUGCCUUGGAGGGCAGCUCUCCCAUCAGUGGUAGGCCUCAGAAUGGAAACACUCAGAGCAGACCAGAGGCCAGUUCAGAUGCAGGCAGGCAACCCGAUGGUGGGGAAGAAGACCUGCCAGAACCUGUGGAGCCAUCAGCCUUGUGCUCUGACUCUGUAAUGGAGCCAUCGACAGAGCAAAGUUCUAACUGCGAGGCCGAAACAACAUUUCAGUGUCAGAUAGCAACAGUGACCUCAGAAGUUAUAAACGUACUUAUAAAUAAGGAUCAGAAUCUAGUCAUUGAAAAGGGGGACAACUGGACAAUCAUCAGUGGCGUAGCUGUCCUGCCACAUGUGGACCAGGUCACACUGUGUGACAUUCCUGGAGACAUCCCUAUUUCUCAGAAUCAAGGAGAGCUGGAAGCUGGUUGCAUCCCAGUGGCUUCUGCUGAGAAGUCCCUAGAGGCCAGUCACGCUGGCCUUGCAUUUCAGGAGGCUCCAUGUGGCAAUAAUCUUUCAUGUCCCCAAGAGGGUGUUUCAAGCAGUGGUCAGAGCACCAACUUUGAUAAAAGUCGUUUGCGAAAUAGACCCGUUAAGCCUAGUAUAUGGAUUAGUUCUCAAAUAUAUGAUCAAAACUUUGAGACUCAGAUUGUUGCGUCUGAUCACACAUAUUAUAACUCAAAACUAGAGCCAUCUGGCAAAAACAAGAAUCGAUCAAAGAUUUCAAACAAAGAUCAGUCAAACAAACCAGUAAAAACUUCAGCGUUGAGCAGAGUUGAAACUCAUCAGAGUGAAGUUGCUCAGUCAUUUUCAGGGGAAAAAGCUAAUACAAAAACUCAAAGAAGCCAAACUCAGACCAUUUUAGCAAAUGCUGAUACAUCCACUCCUACAGAUUGCUCUCCUGACACACUGAGUAAAAUACGGCAAGAGGUGGGGCCUCCUUUGCCACCUCUGCUUGCUCCUCUGAUAGCUACACCUCCAAGGACUUCACAGCCACUCUCUCCACUGAUAUCGAGCUCUAGUCCUUCCUCACCAACCUCUCCUGUAGGCCAGAUUUCUCCCUUAUGUGAAACCCCAGUGCCUCCUGUCAUGUCUCCAUGGCCAGAGGACCCCAGACGUGCCUCUCCUCUAGAUCCUCCAUCUCCAUCUGCAGUGUCAGCCAGUGAGAGGGUAGUGCCAUCUCCUCUGCAGUUCUGUGCAGCCACACCGAAGCACGCACUUCCUGUGCCUGGCCGACUCCCACCCUGUGCAUCUGGCCAUGCUGCUGUGGGAGGGCCUCAGGAGAAUUCUGUGAAAAUCCUUGACACCAUGUACCCAGAGUUAUCUGCUAGGGCCCGGACCCUCAACAUCCUCAAAGGGAAUAUUCAACUCACACGAGGUCCACCUGCUGACUGUAAGAAUUUACCAGGACCUGCCAGUGCUAUGAUAGGAUUCAAAACGAUCACUUCAGCAGCAACUGCUUUUGUCAAAACUGGGAGCAGCUCUGGUGGUGACUGUAACCAAGACAAGUCAAGAGAUUUGGGGACUCAGCAGGAUUCAAGUGGGAAAAGAACACUGUCAACAUCUACACUGAGAAGUGCUAAAAGACUGCGCCUGGACACUGGGUCCCCAGAACCAGAAACCAGGGGAGUCACUGCAGAAGGAAUCCACAAGAAGCUCCCAAGGAACCUCCCUCCAGCUGAAGUUGCAACAACAGAUGAGGAAAGAAGUUGUUCUAGUCCAGCCAUCAGUGCAGUUUCACAGUUGCCUUUAAGCCCAAAAGAAACGGUGGAGUCCCAUGAUAAAGCCAUAGCUAAUGCCCUGAAGAAAAUUGCAGAGUUUUCUUUUGAUCUGUUACCUGUCAUUCGUAGUCAUGUAUAUGUGGGAAAUAUCUCCAAAAAGCCCGUAAUGAGAGAUCAAGAGAAAGAAGUUGUUUAUGAAUUUAGCACAACAAAAAAGCAUUUAGCAGAGUGCUUGCUUCACUCUAUUCUCUCAGAACUAAAAAUUCAGAAGAUAUCUAUGGACCACAAUUACAUUCACGCCCUCUGCAGGGUGUAUGUGGGUAUUUGUCGGCAACUCGGAGACUUGGAAAGAGCUCGCUUGUUUUGCUACAGCCUACUUAAAGAAGAUUUUCCGGAGUCUGAAAAAUUAACUUUGUUUAUUGCAAACAUGUGGCAUGAUAUAUUUCUCUCGCAAUCAGUGAUUAAUAAAGCAAUGCAGUUAGUUGCCAGGCAACGUGCUAAAGGAGAGGUUCUGAACUGCUUGAGAGCUUUUCUUAAUUGGGAAAAGAAUGCUCCGGUAGAUGUUGGCUUCAUGGUUUCUAAGCUGCUUUUGACCAUACAGUUAUGUCCAAAAACAGAAUUUCAGUCUAGUGAAAAAUUUGGUGAAGACCUAAGUGAUAACACUUGGGAAUACAUAUUUGCCAUUGAUCUGCUCUGCUGCCAUCAGAAAUGGAUCUGGACACAUGAUAACAUCAUAAGUAAGGAGCUGUGGCCUGUGAUGGAUAAGUGGAUAAAAUACAGAAAAGGACAUGCGAACAUUGCGUAUACUCCUGAUAUUAUUAUAGCCUCAAUACUGAGGCUGAUUGGUCGUUUAGGCCAAUUGGGUUUGAAAGAAGGAUUUCCAUCUGCUGUGAAAAAUAUUAGUUCGGUUAUCGGUAUGUUUAUACAGCAUGCUCACGAUGAAGAUAUACCAUGGGGUAUACAGUUAGCAGCCGUGUAUGCUCUUUGUGACUUGAGUCCCAGCAAUCCAGCAGAAAUUUCCAAGAUCCUGGAAGCUUGGCGGAGAGAGGCCUCCAAAAGCGUUCCGUCUGCGAUUGUCAGCUGCCUAGAGGAAGUCAGUGCCCUGAGCACAGAGGAGCUUGGCUGACCCGGGAUGCCACUGAGGCUUGAGAAGUGCCUUGACACAUUUUGAACACAAAUAGUUUGGUCAGCUUUCAGAAUACAAAGGGAGGUUUAAAAACGAAAAGACAUAAAAUAGAUAAAACAGACCAGAGGCUCUCCUUAUUGUUUGGCAAGGAGACAGGAGAAACAAGCAGUUGCAUAGUCGUUUUUCCCUAAAUCUCAUACAUUUCACUUAAGGCUGUUGUGAUCUGUGACGUAUGGGUUAUAUUAUUGUGUCUUUGUCAAACAACAAAAACUUGAACUUAGCCCUUUUUUUGCUGCAGAAAGUGUCCUUUUAGUGGCUUCUUAAAAUUGAGUGGCAUUUUAUAAUGAACUUCCCAAUAUAAAAACACGAUUUGGUUCCUGAGCUGCUGUUGUUGGACUUGUGCUCCAAUGAGUGACUAGGAAAAAAUAAAUUGGCAAACACCUAGAGUUUUCUGCUAUCUUAGCUGGAAAUGAGCUGCAAAAGUUUUUCUCAAGAUGUAGUGCAUAAUUAUCAACAUGGAGAGCCCUUAGCAGAAACCCACUUUAAUGCGUUUUCUUCAUAUCCCUAAAGUUCCUUAAAAACAUGUGACAAUGUAUCAGGAAGAGGAGAACUGAAGAGUAGAAGUUCCCUUGCCGAUUUUUUUAUCAGUGACAUGUAAUGAGCAAUUCACAGAUGAGCGCAGGCAGAGCUCUGUGUGCCGUGUACAUAUGGACCGUGCUAUGAUGUGUCUCACAUUGGAUGAUAUUCCACUUUGGGAAUUUUAGUAUUUGUAUAUAGAAAAUGGGUUUAAUAACUCACCAUGGUUUUGAUUUGUCUUAUAUUCGUUAUUUCUUAAAACUCUUGUAUGUGUUUUUAUAAUAAAAAAUAAAAGUAAGCCAUGGAUA